AUGUCUCAGCUUUAUAAGAAUCCUACACAACCAUCCUCACUCUUUCUUAUGGAAAAAUGUGUAGGUAGAGGUAAUUUUGGGGAUGUUUAUAAGGCAGUUGAAAUAAAGAGCGGUAAGAUUGUUGCCAUUAAAGUUGUUAAUCUAGAACAUACUAAUGAAGAUAUUGAAUUACUAUCUCAAGAAAUAUUUUUCUUAGCAGAAUUAAGAUCUCCCUAUGUUACUAAAUAUUUGACUACACUAUUGGAAGACGUGUCGAUAUGGAUUGUAAUGGAGUAUUGCGGAGGUGGUUCCUGUGCAGAUUUAAUAAAAUAUGCCUAUAAGCGAGGAUUACCUGAAAACAAAGCUUCAUUUAUUACAAAAGAAGUUCUUAAAGGUUUAAGGUAUUUGCAUGAGCAAAAGAAAAUCCAUCGUGACAUUAAAGCAGCCAAUAUAUUAUUAACCGAUGAUGGUAUGGUAAAACUUGGUGAUUUUGGAGUAAGUGGACAAAUUAAAGCUACUUUAAAAAAAGACACUUUCGUUGGAACUCCAUACUGGAUGGCACCUGAAGUAGUAAAGAAAGAUGAAUCAGGCUAUAAUGAAAAAGCAGAUAUCUGGUCUUUGGGAAUUACUGUUUACGAAUUGUUGAAAGGUUGUCCUCCUUUAGCAAAGUAUGAUCCUAUGAAAGUGAUGAUAAGUGUCCCUAAAAGAAGAGCCCCAAAACUUCAUGGGCAUUAUUCAGAAGACGCAAAAUCUUUUAUAUCUCAUUGCUUAAUUAAAGAUCCUAAUGCAAGGCCAAAUGCUAAAACUUUAUCAAAAUUUCCUUUUGUAAAUCAUAAUGAGAUUUCACAUUUAAAAUCAGAUGUCGAUUAUGUUAAAAAAUUAGAAUCAGAAAGAAAGUAUCUCAAAAAUCCUAAAUUUCCCUUAAAUAAUAAAGUUUAUGAUAACUGUCCAGGAACAGUCGAAUGGGAUUUUGAUCCUGGAAAAACUCUAUCCAAUAAGGCUAAUAAAAUAAUAAUAAUUGCGGUAGUAAUAGCAAUAAUAGUUGUAAUAAUGAUAAUUAUUAUAACGAAAAUAGACUAUCUAAUUAUAAUUACCAACAUUAUUCUAGAGGAAAUUUACAAAAUAGGACAAGAAGCUGAAAAUUCCCCCAUUAGUCCCUCUUCAAAUAAUAUAAGCCCCAUAUCACCAGCGAUUGGCAACUUAGAGACACCAUUGACAUCCCAUGGAACGAUAUCUUUUCGAAAAUAUGACAACCAUAAUAUUAAUAAUGUUAAUAUAUACAAUACUAAUAAUAAACAGAAUAAUGAAAAUUAUUUAAUUGGUGAGCAAGGAGUAACAUGUCAACAGAGAAUGCAAGAUCCAAGAAUGAGAGAUUUUGAUUAUAUGACUAACGUAAUAUUUUUUAGCUUUAAAAGAAUGAAUGAGAGAGCAAAUGAUGACGUCGUGAGAAGCUACGUAUUAGGUAUGUUAAAUAAGUUCGAAUCUACAGAAGAAAAGGUUCCAGGCUUCUGCCAGAUUUUUAUAGAAGAAGUAGCGAUGCGUAUGGAUGCCAUUAAUGACUAUUUAAAAUAA